UUGGGGGGGGUCGCGGCAUUAAAAAGCUUGAGAGCCACUGGUCUAGCAGUAGUACAGCGAGCCUGGGAGCAGAUCCUUCCCCUCUCCCACGCCUGCAGCCCUCUGAACGUGCCCCGCCUCGCCGUCCCGCCUGACCGCCUGGGGGGCUCGGCUGCUGACUCCAGCCAGUAUUCGGGGGUAGCUGCCCCCCUGUUUGGUCAGCUGAGGAGGGGAUCCCCGUUGUUGCCUGUCCAACUCGGGCCCUGGAGGCUGUCCAGUGGCAGGACCUGGAGCCGGCUGAGUGCUGGAUAGCCGGUGAGCAGGUGGCCCUCCACUUCAGCCUCGCCUUGGCAGCUGGUCCAGCGAGGAGAGCCUGGCCUGUGCUGAAGGUCAGACCUAUAAAGGGCCUUUGUUGCUGGCCUCCCUCCUCCUGGAAGAAAGGGUCUCCCCCCCCCCAAAAAAGACUCAUUAAGCACGGAGGGGGACUCCUGGCCAAAUGAGCGGACUUUCUGUUCCUUUCUACGGGGCAGCAGGACAUUCCCCUCCCGUACCUUCCGCUUUAGGGAUUUUUAAAAAAGCUGCCAUUGUGAAAUCUCCUUGGAGGCGAAUUCGACUCUGACUGACAGCGUGAACAUAGCCAUGGAGUUUUCUUGGCAGCCGUGACAAAGCAUUUUGCAAUUGCCAGUUCUUCUGGGAUUCUUUUAAAACAAAAAAAAAACUUUGCCAUGUAACUUCAGUUCUCAAAUUUCCUGGUGGUCUCCUUUCAAAGUCAGCCGAUCCAGUUUUUCGAGAUCAGCCAAGGUCUGCCAUCUAAACACACACACACACACACACACACACACACACACACAAGUCAGAGAGAAGGCUGGCGUUCUGUAUACGGGGACCUAUUUUGCAGAGAUAUUAUGGGUUAUGUGAUCCAGUCUGCAGUUGUGCAACCGCAGAAACUUUGCAUCGCCUGCUGUCAGUGAGGGCUACUCCGAGUCUUGGCUGACGGGAGGUGGCGUUUUGAAUUUGUAUACCUGUCAGUGGCUGAUGGGGUUACAGUUCAGAAGAGCUGGAAAGGAGGUCAUCUAGUCCACCCCGCUCAGUUCAAGAACACAGGUGGCCUUCCGCCCUUGUUUGAAAGCGUCCAGCACAGGGAGCCCACUGGGCCCCAUUGCUUGACCCAUCAAGAAAUGCCCCUCCUUUCAAACUGAAAACAGAGAAGAGAAUAGAAUAGAGCUGGAGGGGGCACCCUGUUGCUCAGGAGAAGAUCCGUGUUGACCAUUUCCCCUUCUCUUGCAAGCAGCUCCUGCUUUCUGGAUGAAGUCUUCUCGUUUUUCAGGUGGGACGUCCAGGCCUGCUCUGGGCUUCUGGUUGGCUCAUGCCUUGAAGAUGCCCACUAGUCUCCCCAGCCUGGGAGUGGCAUUAAGGCUCCUUCUAAGCUUGGGGUUCUAUAUGGGGGGCAUCAGGUGAAGUAAAGGCUGAUGGAAAUCAAUCUGCAGUUAACUAUGCAGGACCCUGGUCUGGAGAUACCUCUUUUGGGGAUGAUGCUGCGUGUCUCUUGGACGGCUGAUCCGUGGGGAGAGGAGGGGGGGGCAGCUCCUAGGAACCCCUCUCUGGCACAGCCUGAUCUGCAAAACUACAGGCAGCCACUAGAAGGCAACUUCUGCGUAUCUCUGCAGCCCCGAACCCCCUAGAUGUGACCCAGAUCUCUUGGCCCCCCAACCCAGACUCCCUCCGUGAGCUGCCAGGGGAGGCAGCCCUGUUCCUUCUGCGCAUUUUAAAAAUAACCCCCCCCCAUGAGGCUUCUUUCGGAGUCUGCCUCCGUCUGAAGGCAGAACGGAAAUGCGCCAAGGGGAGAUGCUAUUUAUACCUCCUGUAUGUAAACCCUGGAUCUGCCCAACCCACACGCUCAAGGGCAUCUCCUGCUCAGCGCCGGUUCCAGCAGGACGCCAAGAGGUGGACGAUGCCAUGCUGAUGUUUGACAAGACAACUAAUCGGCACCGAGGCUUUGGGUUUGUCACCUUCGAAAGCGAAGACAUCGUGGAGAAAGUCUGCGAGAUUCACUUCCAUGAGAUCAACAACAAAAUGGUGGAAUGUAAAAAAGCUCAGCCAAAGGAAGUGAUGUCGCCCACCGGCUCCGCCAGGGGACGCUCCCGCGUGAUGCCCUACGGAAUGGACGCCUUCAUGCUGGGCAUUGGCAUGUUGGGAUACCCGGGUUUCCAGGCAGCCACCUACACAAGCCGGAGCUACACCAGCAUUGCACCUGGGUAUACCUACCAGUUUCCCGAAUUCCGGGUAGAACGGACCCCCCUUCCGAGUGCCCCUGUUCUCUCUGAGCUUACAGCCAUACCUCUCACUGCUUAUGGACCAAUGGCGGCAGCAGCAGCGGCGGCCGUGGUACGAGGGACAGUGUUGCUUCCUCCGGUAGGUUCCACCCCCAGCCGCACUGGCGGCUUCCUGGGCACCACCAGCCCCGGGCCGAUGGCUGAGCUUUAUGGAGCAGCCAAUCAGGAUUCAGGAGUCAGCAGUUACAUCAGUGCGGCGAGUCCCGCCCCCAGCACCGGCUUCGGCCACAGCCUAGGGGGGCCUUUGAUUGCAACGGCAUUUACUAACGGUUACCAUUGAAGCUGAGGACCAAGAAAACAGAUGAUUCCCCAGUGAGCACCCCCAGGAGAGUGAGCUGGAGGACUCAGCAGACCCGGAGGGAUGAGCCAAGGUUUCAUUUUCAUUCAAAAACUGCACACUUGUGGCUGUUAGCUGGGCUCCGGCCAGCCCCCCCCCCUCCCGCUGGCCAGAAAGCACUGGAUUGGGAGGCAAGGAGGUGCGCUCCUCCGUCUCCUCUGCUACUAACCACAGACCGUUUACACUUCUCCCAAGCCUCUGACCCACUGCUUCUACUUUUAUUUAUUUUCUUAGCCUGUUAGUUCUUGUUUUUUUUAUUUUUUAUUU